AGCUCAGAACAGGGCAGGUGAAACACAGCAUAUUGUUCCCCCUACAUCACACGCCACCAGGAAGCAAAUUAAGGUCUGCACCACCCAUUAUAGGAAGAGAGACUCCAUCUGAUAACAAUACAUGAGGGAACAGAGCUCAUGUGAGAGGGUGUAUUUUUUUUUCUGGUAAAUAUCAUGGGAAGGUUUCACCACCUCCUCAUUGGCUCACAAGUCAGAGACCCCCAACAUAUAAAGAGUGAGAGCCUGAUCUAGCAGCCUUUAACCGCUGGCAAGCGUUUUGGAUCGCACUGCAGCGGGAAAGCAGGCUGUACGUUUUACGCACGGAGCGCGUGGAUAGGCUGCAGACGAGCGCACGAGGGCUAUCGGUUCUUCCAGGGAAAGUGUUGCGAAGCCAACAGCAGCGAGCUGCGAGGAGUCUGAGUGGGCAUGUGGCUCCUGGAGAAGCUCCGCAGCUCUGUGGAGAGCAGUGGGAAACAAUCCCAGCCCCCGCAGACCGUGGAGGCCAUUCCUGUUUCUGUUUACGCCAACGUCCUCACUCCGGAAAAGAUCCCUGAUUUCUUCAUCCCACCCAAACUCAUCUGUUGCCCACCAGAAGACUCUCUGACCCCGGAACCGCAGCCCUGCUCCACCCUGCGACCCUCCUCUUCUGACCAUGCAAUCUGCAGCCAGAGCCCAAGAGCCCGCAGCAGCAGGAGCCCCUGCAGCCCUGGCCUCUUCACCCGCAACCUCCAGAAGUCAGCCAACCGCCACAUCAUCCAAAUAGAGAGCGCUGAUGAGCCAAGUGCUGGGUCUGCAGACAUGUUCAGAGCUGUGAACACGAAUGCAGACCCCCAGUCUCAGACCGCCAUGUCCCUGCCCUACGUCCCCAAGGCUCAGACCUCAUAUGGAUUCUCCACCCUGGUGGAAUCUCCUCACACCCGACGCAAAGAGAGCCUGUUCCACAGCGACCCAAGCAGCCCUCUCACCUCACCCAACUCCCAGAGGCGCUCACAAGGGGGAACUCUCCUGGCCCCGGCGGACUCAAAUCCCUACCGUUACUUCAGUGGUGGAGAGAGUGACACCUGCUCUUCGGCAGAAUCUUCCCCCUUUAACUCCCCUCUGCUCUCCCGCUCUGCCUCUCUGCUACGCUCCAUUACACAGGAGACACAAGCCAAGGUUUUUCGUGCCAAGCGCUCUCUUGCACGCCACAGCUCCCUCUCUACUGACGAUUGCAGCUCCGCAGACAACAGCCCUAACAUGCAGCGCCGUCGAAUGCGCUGCCCGCCCUCCCCAGCAUUCCGUGGAUCUAAAAGCAGCGGCCAAAGGGGUGCAGCGUCAGACCUCCUGCAGCGCGAGCAUACCAUCAACCUCCACAAGGGGGGGACAGUGAGGCUCAGCACUCAUUACGAUGCAGAGGCAGCGCGGCUCAGGGUGCGCGUCUUGGCCGCAGAGGCCCUUUACGACAGACAUACGGACCCUAAGAGCAUCAACUGCUGCGUUGCGCUUUACCUAAACCCUGGAAAGCAGCAGAAGCAGAGAAGCACCAUCAUCAAGAACAGCAGGAAUCCGGUGUUCAACGAGGACUUUUUCUUUGACUCACUGCCUCGGGCGCAAGUAAAGAGUCUGGCCAUGAAGAUAAAGGUGGUGAACAAAGGCACCAGUCUGAGGAGAGACGUGCUGCUGGGAGAGAGGGAGGUGCUGCUUAGCGAGCUGCUCGCAGACCUCUAGGGAGAGGCUGUCAGGUUGGAAACAAGCAGCAUGACAGGCCCUUUCUUCUCUGGCUACCUUUUUAUCCCGACCUACAGAUCUGCUAAACGCCGGGCAGGUGCUGACAAAAAGGGGGUUAUAUCUCGCACACUGUGUUCUUAAUGGACAGAAAGUCUUUGAAUCACUUUACCAAAUUGCAUCCGCAGCUUUUCACCGCCAGGUUAAACAAAACAACAACACACAUUCUUAAGUGAACAUGGAUCUUUUGUUUGUGUGUUCUUCUCUUUAAGUAUUGAGUUACAAAAAGUGUUGCCCUCACUAAUGAGCAUUGUGAUGUGGCUCAGUAACAUCAGCUGUGUGCACUUGAUCUUGUUAAAGUCAGAGCUGUAUUUUUUGUAAUGACGCAGUAAUGUGGGAUUUUGCACGUUCUUGUUGAGAAUUAUGAAGCUAGAUUUAGAAGAGUUUAUAUUUGAAAACCAGGUUUGAUGCUAGUGGAUGUAAUGUUAAAAUGACUGUUAUGUACAUGUGAUAAAUGCCUUUGACUAACUUAUGAAUAAAAAUGCUAAAAUUACAAGCAUGA